AUGAAUAAUUUAGUUGGAAACUUUUAGAAGUAUAGAGUUUCCUCAAUGAAUUCAGAUCUUCCAUUCAUUUAAAAUAGAAAAUAAAUUAGAGCCAUUUCUCUACAAUAAAUCUUUGAUAAAGUAAAAUAAAAUUCUCAACAAGUUGAUUUUAAUCUCAGUAACUUUGAUUAUAAUAAUCAAAUCAAAUCCAAGAAGUAUUGAUUCAACUAUAUUAGUUUGAACUUUAAAAAUCCUCCAUAGACUGAAAGAUAAGAUACUAAAUUAAGAUCUCAAUCUAUGACAAAUCGAUUAUUAAGAUAAAAAGGGAGUGAAACUAUGCUUACUCAAACAGAUUCAAAGAAAACUAAUAAUUUAUUGUAAAUCCCACAUGUUAACUAUCAUUCAGACACUAAACUUCAGAAAUAAAGAAUUUAUCUAAAAAAAAUUGAAAAAAAUAAAUUGCUAAACAACGAAGCUAACACAUCUCUAUUAUAAUUAAAACAAAAGAAAUAAUGUGAAAGUGAUUAAAAAUUUGUUAAUUUCACUCAUUCAACAAACAAUUUAUUAAGCCAUAUAAGUGAAAGAGCCAAUUUUAAAAAAAUUCGCUUAAGUUAACAAAAUGAUUUAAUUUAAAUCAAAUCUGAUGGACCAUUAUUAAGUUUUAGAGAAUUUGCAUAAUUGCAAGGAUUUAAAUUACCAACAUUUUUACAAAAGUGA